AUGAAGCAAUGUCUCCACAGAAGGAGGAAGAGGAGCAGCGUUGAUGAGGAGGAGCAGCCGUCCUGCUGUGCUUUGUGUCAGGAGGUUCUGGUGGAUCCGGUCUCUACCAGCUGUGGACACUGGUUCUGCAGACAGUGCAUCAGGUCCUACUGGGACCAGUCUGCUCCAUCUGGACCCUCCUCCUGYCCCCAGUGUGGRRAAAGACCCAGAACAGGAGCUGGACUGCUGACAGCCAAUCAGAGCAGCUGUGCUCCAGCAGACGUUUGUCUGCAGGAAGUUCUAAAGGAACAUAAGAUCAGUCUGAGGAGGAGAUGUGAAUGUGUGACUAAAGAAAGUGAUGAAACAGGAAGUAGAACCCCCUUCAACAAGAUCUACACUGAUCUCUACAUCACAGAUGGAUGGAGUGAAGAGGUUAAUACCCAACAUGAGGUGAAGCAGCCGGAGAGAGCUUCCAAGAUCCAGAACCUCCAUGGGUCUCCAAUCAGGUGCCAUGACAUCUUUAAAUCCUUCCCUGACCAACAUGGAGCCAUCAGAGUGGUUCUGACCAAUGGCGUCGCUGGUGUUGGAAAAACCUUCUCGGUGCAGAAGUUCACUCUGGACUGGGCCGAGGGCUUGGAGAACCAAGAUGUUAGUGUGGUGGUUCUGCUGUCGUUCAGGGAGCUGAACCUGAUCAGAGAUSAGCAGCACAGUCUUCUCUCGCUGCUCCAUGUUUUCCAUCCAACACUCCAGAAGCUCCCAGCAGAGCAGCUGGCUGUCUGCAAACUGCUCUUCAUCUUUGAUGGCCUGGAUGAAAKCAGACUUUCACUGGACUUAAACAGUAGUCAGCUGGUUUCUGACGUCACACAGAAGUCAUCAGUCAAUGUUCUGCUGACAAACCUCAUCARGGGRAACCUGCUUCCCUCGGCUCUCAUCUGGAUAACUACCAGACCUGCAGCGGCCAAUCAGAUCCCUUCUUCAUGUGUUUCCAGGGUAACAGAAGUACGAGGCUUCACCGACGCCCAGAAGGAGAAGUACUUCAGAAGGAGGUUCAGUGAUGAAGAGCUGUCCAGCAGAAUCAUCUCCCACAUCCAGACCUGCAGGAGCCUCCACAUCAUGUGUGAAAUCCCAGUCUUCUGCUGGAUCACUGCUAYGGUUCUGGAGAACAUGUUGMCCUCAGARCARRGAGGAGAGCUGCCCAAGACCAUGACUGACAUGUACUCACACUUCCUGCUGGUCCAGACAAAGAGGAAGAAGAACAAGUACCAURGAGGACAUGAGACAAGUCCACAGGAACUGAUGGAGGCUGACAGGGAAGUUCUUCUGAAGCUGGGGAGGCUGGCGUUWGAACAUCUGGAGAAAGGAAACAUCAUGUUUUACCAAGAAGACCUGGAGCAGUGCGGUCUGGAUGUCACAGAGGCCUCWGUGUACUCAGGAAUGUGUACAGAGAUCUUCAAAAGAGAGAGUGUGAUCUUYCAGAAACCAGUUUACUGCUUUGUUCAUCUGAGCAUCCAGGAGUUUCUGGCUGCAGUUUAUAUGUUCCACUGUUUCACCAGCAAUAAUACGGAGGUGAUUGAGAAGUUCCUGAGGGAACGAGACACUGACAAGAAAAUAGAUGCGAUGAAGAAAAUCCUGAAACAAAAUUACAGUGAAACAUCUCUGGAGGACUUCAUGAAGAGAAUUUUGGAAACAUCUCUCAGCAGUAAAAAUGGCCACCUGGAUUUGUUUGUYCGUUUCCUUCAUGGCCUCAGUCUGGAGUCCAACCAGAGUCUGUUAAGAGGCCUGCUGGGUCAGACAGAGAACAGUUCAGAAACCAYCCAGAGAAUCAUCAACAAUCUGAAGGAGAUGAACAGCAAUAGAAUCACUCCUGAGAGAAGCAUCAACAUCUUCCACUGUAGGGUGGAAAUUAAAGACCUCUCAGUUGAUCAGGAGAUCCAACAGUUUCUGAAAUCAGAGAACAGAUUGGGGAAGAAACUCUCAGAGAUCCAGUGUUCAGUUCUGGCCUACAUGCUGCAGAUGUCAGAGGAGGUUCUGGAUGAGUUGGACCUGAAGAAAUACAACACAUCAGAGAAGGGACGCCUGAGAAUGAUUCCAGCCCUGAGAAACUGCAGAAAGGCUCGACUUGCUGGCUGUAAACUCUCAGAGGCWGAAUGUGAAGUUGUGGCCUYAGCUCUAAAGGCGAAGCCYUCCCAUUUGACUGAACUGGAAAUAAAUGAGAUYUAUGGAGUGAGAGAUGGUGGAAUGAAACAUCUGUGUGAGAUCCUGGAGAAUYCARUCUGCAAAGUGAAGAUCCUGAGGUUUGUMUUUUCUGUUUAUCCAAUUAAAAACAGUUUUGGUGAUUAA